AUGGGGCGGGGGAAGAGGCGUUCCUGGGCGGGGACUCGAGGCCGGUUUGGAAUUUUUGGCGCGAGUUGGCUCCGCGGGCGUUCACGGGCCGUUCCCCCGCCAGAGGGUCCUCCGGUCCCGGCGCGGAGAGCUGUCGACGGCAGCCCCGGCCCCCCAGGCCGCCCCGAGGGUUCCCCGCGGCCCCUGCGGACCCGGAAUCUGGGACCUCGCGGAGCUGCGCCCCGCCCACCCGCUCCAGGUGCUCGUGUCUCCACAGCCUCCGUGUUAAAGGAGAACAUGUGUGAGGAGUAG